AUGUCUAAUGGAGAAUUGGAAGAUGAGAUCCAGAAGUUGAGACAAGAGCUCAAGUCUAUUUCACAGGCUGUAAAAGGGAUCCCGGCUGAUGAAUCCAAUUCCCUACGGAGCCUAGGAUUAUCCAGGCCUCCCGUUAAUGACAGCGACUCGCUUCUAAAUGAAGACACUCGGCCUAUCAUCUCGCACUCUUUCACCCCUACACAGAGUGAAAAGCAAAAUUACAGAACGGACAUUUAUAGAUCUGGCCGAUUGCUCGACAUCGAGCAACCUACUCCAUCAGCUUCAGCGUUCAGUGUCCCUCCUGUUGCCCAGGGCAAUGGCCGAACCGGGCACGAGCGACAGAGCUCUGAAGCAGAGCCCGAUAUUGACUAUAUGCAUUAUCAGCACUUGAAUGCUCCGGUUACCGCCGUUCAGUCCAUGGGAUCUACGUCUCCUGACUCACAAAAGGUUCUUCAUUCAGCGGUCCUCGACGAUGGUAGCAUCCAUUAUGGUCAAACCUCGCAGGCAUUAACAGAGGCAUUGACACCUCCAUCUAUUGAAACAUCAGACGUCGUGUCGGACAUCUUCAAGGAUGAGUCCCAGGCACGACUACUCUUCGCGUCCUAUUUUGAAGGGGGUAAUCCGUAUCUUCCCAUAUUCGAUCCCAUCGUGGAUACCUUUGACUCUAUCCGAGCCCGUUCGCCUUUUUGCCUGAUUGUAAUUCUAUUCAUCGCGCUGAAACAUAAAUCAGGGAUCGUGCAUAAAGUCACCACGGACCUGCAGAAAACAGUGCGAGAAGCUUGUCUACAAGAGGCUCGUCGCCAGGUAUGCGACAGUAUCUUCGAGAGCCCCACGCUCGAGAGUGUGCAGGCAAUGACACUACUGGCAGCAAACGCGGAGAAGAGUUGGUUCGCAAUUGGACAUGCUCACGAAAUGGCUCUGGAAUUGGGCUUGGACUACGCACUUGAUGAGUUGCUCAGUGCAGACUCAACAACUGACCGAGUACACUUCUACAGUGGCAGUCGUAGAGCCCGUACGUGGCUCAUCUUAUAUCACAUUGAGCGCGAGCUUGCGGUCGGGACUGCAAGGAAACCACGCAUUCGUCAACUUAACACGGCGCUACUGAGGCAUUAUCUGGAUCUUCCUGUCUCCUAUCCCAGUGACAUGAGAUUCGUAGCUACUAUCGAGAUUGUGCAACUUCGCACCGCUCUUCAGCGCCAAAUCGAAAAUACCACUUCACUGUCUGCCAUUUCUGAGAGCGCGCCACGAGAAUUUGAACAGAAGGCUCAAGAAUGGUUCCAAUACUGGGAUGGCCGGUUCAAAGGUAUUCCCACUCCACUCUACGGGAUUAGACGGAAUAUUUGGCUCUGCCGCCCUUAUCACUGCGUGGAAGCCUCGUUUUGA